CGUAAGCUGACGAAGAUGGUGGAAGUUUGUUCUUGUGAGAAGUGAAACCCGGACAGAAAGCCAAACAUUCUUCCGACAGACCGGUUGGGAACUCGCUACAGCAGUCACGUUUAGUUUCCGGAGCUCUCGCUUUUGAUUUGGGCCUUAAUCCCAGCCCUAUGUCAUGGCCAGUGGAGUCACCAAGUCGGGCACUUGCAAUGGUUACCCUAUGAAGGCACAGCUCCAAAUCACUGUGCUGUCAGCAAAAUUGAAAGAGAACAAGAAGAACUGGUUUGGUCCCAGUCCUUAUGUGGAAGUGACGGUCGACGGCCAGUCCAAGAAAACGGAGAAAUGCAACAACACCCACAGUCCUAAAUGGAAGCAGCCCCUCACUGUGAUUGUGACUCCAUUCAGCAAACUGGUGUUUCGCGUGUGGAGCCACCAGACCCUGAAGUCAGACGUGUUGCUCGGCUUAGCCAUGCUCGACAUCAGUGACACGCUCAAGUCUAACGACAUGAAAAUUUCUCAAGUGGUGCAGACCUUACAGCUGUGUACAGACAGGGACCAGUCAGAUGUGGUUGGAGACCUGUCUGUCUGCCUGGAUGGAAUGAAUGUUGACCCCGAGAUGUUUGCCACGGCCGAGGCCAACCACCAAAAUGCAACGAAUGGGGAAUCACAGCCUGAUGGAGAUCAUCUCAUCAGACGGAGUAGAGACAACUCUCCUGCAGUGGACGGUGUUGAGCAACGGUCUUCUCCUAGUAGCCGCAAGUCAAUGAACGGCACAGGGUCACCCUCUGUGUCAUCGGGGAGUUCACGACCCAUCCGGCCACCCAGACCUUCCAGACCUCCUCCACCAACCCCCCGCAGACCCACAUCUUCACCAGCACCUUCCAGCAACGGUUCUGUGCAAGCUGAUGGAAGCAACAGUCACUCAGGUUCGGACACACCGGUGCGAAACCUGGCCUCCAGAGCCUCACCAGCACCUGAAUCCAGCCCUGCAUCAGGCCCAGACAGGAACUCCAUGUUAGCUUCCAACUCUGGAACUCCAGCAACCAGGCAGCCAACCAGCAGCGUUAAUCCUACCAUUGCCCCCAGAGUCCCUGCUGUUAACACUGGGCCAUUACCUCCAGGGUGGGAGCAGAGAGUAGACCAGAAUGGCAGGCUGUACUUUGUUGAUCACGUGGAGAAGAGAACAACAUGGGAACGCCCUGAACCGUUGCCCCCUGGGUGGGAGCGUCGCAUUGACCCGAUGGGAAGGAUCUACUUUGUUGACCACAUCACACGAAGCACCACGUGGCAGCGUCCCACGGUGGAGACAGUGCGUAACUAUGAGCAGUGGCAGCACCAGCAAAGCCAGCUGCAAGGCGCCAUGCAGCAGUUCAACCAGAGGUUCAUAUUUGGGCUACAAGACCAGGUCUCAGCAACACAGAAUAAAGAGUUUGAUCCUCUGGGACCACUGCCGCAUGGAUGGGAGAAAAGAACAGACACCAAUGGCAGAGUUUAUUUUGUGCAUCACCCAACACGGUCCACACAGUGGGAGGACCCACGGACACAGGGGUUGUUGAAUGAGAAGCCACUUCCAGAGGGCUGGGAGAUGAGGUUUACAGUGGACGGUAUUCCCUACUUUGUAGACCACAACAGGAGAACUACGACCUAUAUCGACCCUCGCACUGGAAAAUCGUCACUUGAAAAUGGACCUCAAAUCACUUAUGUUCGAGACUUCAAAGCCAAAGUACAGUACUUCAGAUUUUGGUGCCAGCAACUAUCAAUGCCUCAACACAUCAAGAUCACUGUAUCCAGGAAAACCUUGUUUGAGGACUCUUUCCAGCAGAUAAUGAGCUUCAAUGCUCAGGACCUGCGUAGGAGACUAUGGAUCAUCUUUCCUGGAGAGGAAGGUCUGGACUAUGGAGGAGUUGCCAGGGAGUGGUUUUUCUUGUUGUCCCAUGAGGUUUUAAACCCCAUGUACUGCCUGUUUGAAUACGCUGGAAAAGAUAACUACUGUCUCCAGAUCAAUCCCGCCUCUGACAUCAACCCCGACCACCUCAAGUACUUCAAGUUCAUCGGACGCUUUAUUGCCAUGGCUCUUUUCCACGGCAAAUUCAUCGACACAGGCUUUUCGCUGCCGUUUUACAAGAGAAUUCUUAACAAGCCGUGGGCACUCAAAGACCUUGAAUCAAUAGAUCCUGAAUUCUACAACUCGCUCAUCUGGAUCAAGGAUAACAACAUUGAGGAGUGUGAACUGGAGAUGUUCUUCUCAGUGGACAAAGACAUCCUAGGGGAAAUCACCACCCACGAGCUGAAACCCGGAGGAGGAGACAUCCAAGUUACUGAGGAGAACAAGGAGGAGUACAUCAGGCUGGUAGCAGAAUGGAGGCUGUCCAGAGGAGUGGAAGAACAAACGCAGGCUUUCUUCGAAGGUUUCAACGAGGUUCUCCCCCAGCAGUACCUGCAGUACUUUGAUGCCAAAGAGCUGGAAGUGAUGCUUUGCGGCAUGCAGGAGAUUGAUCUUGCAGACUGGCAAAGAAACACCAUCUACAGACACUACACUCGCAGCAGCAAGCAGAUUGUUUGGUUCUGGCAGUUCAUAAAAGAGAUGGACAAUGAGAAGAGGAUGAGGCUUCUGCAGUUUGUCACCGGGACCUGUCGCCUGCCUGUAGGAGGCUUCUCUGACCUCAUGGGAAGUAAUGGUGCCCAGAAGUUCUGCAUUGAGAAGGUUGGAAAAGAAAACUGGCUCCCCAGAAGUCAUACGUGCUUCAACAGACUCGACUUGCCGCCCUACAAGAGCUACGAGCAGCUGAAGGAGAAGCUGAUGUUUGCCAUUGAGGAGACGGAAGGCUUGGACAGGAGUGACUGAAGCAUUUCGAAACGCCGCGAGCCUCUUCACAGCCGGAGGACGCGUUCGGUGCCUCUCCUCGUGCAUGCCUACACCCAAGCGGGACCUUUGGAGGGGGCGUGUCUGCGAGACUUCUGCCUGCACGUUUCUGCGAAGGAGAUUUUGGGUUGGAAUCUUAAGACACACUGCUCACAGUGAGGAGAACAGGAACUUUUUGUUUUUGUUUUUUUUAAUACCAAAACAGAAGCUUCUCCCAUCUGUGAGAAUGCGCUCCAGUAGUACGCAUGAAAACUCACCUACCGCCUCAGAGUAACCAGACGGUGUGUGUUCCAGCUCCACACCGUCUGUUCCAAAGUUUUUCUUUUGUGAUCGUCAACAUCAAAUAGACAGCAUGAGAAAAAGCUGCAGAUUUUCACUCUUAUUCUGUUUGAUUAUUUUUAUGAUUAAUCCUUUAAUAUAUAUACAAAAAAAAAAAUCAGAUAUGUUUAAAAAAAAUCACAAACUCUCAGAACCAUGUCUUCAUUGUCCUUUUUUUUUCCCUUGUCACCAGGCAACAGUUAAAAAUCCAAAGAUUUUCAGUUGGGGCUUGAAAACUUUAAAAUAUUAGCUGUUCACACUAUUUGACAUUUUCACACCCACAUGGCAUCGACUCCAAAAUCACUUGAAAGUCACUCAAUAUUUGGUGUAGAAGAGUUUGCAAAAAAUAAAUACAAUAAAGCAGAUUUAAAAUGUUCUACUGUGGUUUUAUAUUAGAAUACGGUUUUAGCAGUUUGUCUUCAACAUCCACCAGCUUGAAAAUGCUUCAUUGCUAAUCAUAUAAAAAAGGUGCACAUUCUUACAUUUGAGAAGCUUGAGGACGUCAAUACAGUUUUCGUUAUGAAAUAACAUAAUUACUUGAUUGGUUUUCCAUUUAUUGAUUGACUGAUCAUUUAAGCUUCAGUGGCACAUUUCCUUUUACAUGCACUCGUUUGAAGGUUCUGGGUCAAAUUGGUGCACUAAAGUUAACACAUACACAUGCGCGCACAUACAAAAUUUGGGUCAAUGCACACUUGGAACUUUCUCAUCCUAAAAAUGACAGUAGAUAAUGUUGGGGAAGCUCACUUGUUCAUAUAAGCAGAGGGAUAAAUGGCUUUUUUCUUUUCUUCUUUUUGAUCUGUGAGUAACUUAAUGACAGUCAAAGGUCACUUAUGUAAGUUGACCCUAGUUUUAUAGGGCUCGAGUUUGCACACCUGACUGGAUGUCUAGUUUGAGCAUUCUGGGAGAUGGGUAGAAUUUCUUAUCGGCGUCAGAUUAUUUUGUUUUAUUUUUUUAAGUUUGUGGAGUGAAAAGCUGUAAUUCUCUAAUAGUUAAUGUAGGAAUGAUUUUUGAAGAGAUCAAUCAGCAAUGAAGUAUUUUGUAAUGGAGUUCAGUGUUAAAUACUCGCUGAUUUUUAACUCUGCUCGUAAAUCACAGCAUCGAGCGGAACCAAAAACAUUUUUUUUUUACCCUCCAGUUGGAGUAAAAUCUCCAGUGAUGUUUGCACAAAUGACCCGUCGCUCUGACUUUAUAGCAACAUGAGUGAAGUCAGAGCUGGUUGUUUGUUCAGUAUUUUAAAUUCAUAUCUGUUUUUAAAUGGUAAAACUAUGAUGUCAUAUUUUGAUCUUCCUUUUUCUCAGUUAAAGGAGCGUUUCACUGCGGUGGAAACUUGCAGCGCUUCUGCUCUAAAACACACUUCCAGCCUGCAGAGUGAGACGUGUUCAAGCUGCACAUUCAUUGUGUUAAUAAUUCUGGAUUUCUACUACAGAUGCUUUGCAGUUAUUAAUUAGAUGCAUGGAAAAGAAACUUGAAAGUUGUGUUUCAGAGAAAAUGGAGUGUGCAGAAAUGCUAACUUCUAACACUGACUUGCUUUGCAGAUUUUACACAUUUAAACUCUAAUGGUAAGAAAAACAAAAAAAAAUCAUUUGCAGUGUUUGGAGCUUUCUUGUGAACUAAUAUGAUUAUCUGGAAAUGACACGUAUUAACACUGGUUUCCUGACUCGGCUGCAGAAUAAAUUAAGUUUGGCCGCUGAUGCUUUAAAACAGUGGUGUUAAAGCUGUGGAAGCUCAUUUCUGUUAAAUAAUUUGUUUGAAGCUGUUGUCAAUUUUUUUGCCCACAUAAAAUCAGUUAUGAAAUAAAUUCCACUGACUGUAUAAUUACAAUACAAAGUCCAAAUUAAUUUAAAUCUGACCUAUAGGAAUUAAAAGAAAUCAACUAACAAAUUCAGAGUUUUGACUUUUAAAUUCCAAAUUGGAGUUGAACUAAAUAUUUUUAUCUGUAUAAAGAUAUAAUUUGGAUUUUCAUAAUUAGUUUCUGUAGUUGGAAUUUUAUUUUUUUUCUUUCUUUGUGAAAUGGGCCUCCACGAGUUCCACCUUCAGCCAUCGAGUACAGUUUUAGAUGACUUGAUCUGAAUCAUUUGCUUUUUGGUUGUUUGUGGUUUCCUUCAGUCUUAUUUGUUUCUUUUGUGCUUUUCCUCACUGCGUGUGGUUACGCGACUCAGACUUGAGCUGAUGAUACUUGAUGUGCGUUUUGUUAAUUCUUACUCCAGACAUGGUAAAGGGAGAGUGGGCGGGGUUUCCUGGGUUUCUGCUGAGCCACGCCCCUUGCAGUGACUACUGAUAAAACCCGAGUGCAAAUGCAACUAAUGUAUAAUGAUGACAAAUUGUGGGUGAUUGCUGCCCAUGGUGCAGUGUUUUCAUUUUAAACAUGGUUCUUUCUGGAUCACAUAUUAAGAAUUGCAGGGACACCGUAAUGAUUAAAUAUGUAUCAUACAUCUGUACCCUCUCCUCUGUUAAACCACUGUCGUGUACAUGAAAAUGAGCUGUAAAUGUGUCAAUAACAUAUUUUCUUUUGUACCAGAAAGGUUUUAAUAAGAGGUUUAUGUAACACUAUAUUUUCUUUUUCCUGUUUAAUUCCUGAUGUACAUGAGAUGUAAUAUAGAAAUGUCACAUUAAUAAAUUAAAGCAGAAGGUUU